AUGCCUUUGGACGACCAAAUCCGCACUGCGAAAGCAGUCCAGUAUCAGAGAGUGAUGAACAGGCCGGUGGUCACUACUCAGGGUGAGUUAGAAGAGGGUUGGGACCGCGUCGAGAGCGCGAUGGCACCGCUUCCAAAACCACGUCCAUGCCCUCCGAAUGACAGGUUCGAAGCCUUCCGUAGGGCAGGCAUCCUCGACACUGCAGCGCGAUUCACUCCCUGCGACCAACACACACAACCCACGGACCUCGCUCGACGGAUUGGUGAUUGGGAGCGUGAGUGCCCACCAACCAUUGAUAGGUACUCGGUAGGCGAUCGACGACCAUGGAAACCUCCAUCGCCAAUCUGGGCUCCUGCUGUGUUCCCUAAGUGGCCAUCGUGUCCACCGUCAAGUUCGCCUUCACCACCACCGAAGUACCGGUUACCACCACCGUCAUAUAGGGCACCACGGCGAAAGCCACAAUUCACACUAGGACGAUUCAAGAACCUUGACUUACAUUCCACACCUAAAUCAUCGCCCCCAGAUUCUGCCCCCAAGUCUUCCAAUGAUUCGCAGUUCAUCCAGAAGAAGCCUGAAAGGGAUGGACUCCGCCAACAUCCUCCUGUGUCAUAUUUGAUAGAACAGUUUAAGCGAGAUGGUAUCGUAGGGAACCUCACGCAAGCCGACGCUCUACGAAGUGAGAGAGAAGAACGAGAGCGGACACAGAAAGAGGAACGAAAACGAAAACCCAGGGAGGAGGAAGAGCGGAAGGACAGUGAUGUUCCCGAGUGGCUCCGAAAACUCCUGAGGAAGAAGCGACAAGAAUAUCCGGAGCCGUGGGAUAUAUUUAGAAAGGACUUCAGUUUCGGCCCCAAGACAAAGAAAGAUGAGGGUGAUGUUUACCGGCCGCCUGUUAGUCCUCGUUCUUCGUGCAGCUCACUUCCCGACCUUUCUCCAGAGGUUCGCGGCAGAUCCUUGAAGCGCCAGCGUCACGAUUCUUCCAACGCCAAUGUGGCGGCAAAGUCACCACGCGACCGAUUACACUCAACAAGCUCACCUAUCCCAAUUCGACGGCCUCAGCACAAUCCAUCAGUACCGGGGCCUUUCUACAAGGGAUUCGGAACGCUAGACGCCCACGAAAGUCAGCGUGUCGACUUUGCCCUGCCCAGUCCACCAGAUGUUGUCCACAGCACAGAGCACAAUGUACGACACGUAACCUCUGACUACAACCCUGACGACGUUGUGGACCACUCUAAGACAUACAAACAUGGUUCCGCUCAGGGUGUUGAAAGACAACACGCACUCACACCUCCAGUGCGUCGCCCUAGCUACUACGGGGCACAAAUGAGGCGCCACCUCGAAACCGUCUUUGGCCAACAAGGGAAGCUCAAAGCUAACGCGGAGGAAGCGCAAAAGGCCCUGGAUGAGAAAGUCAGAAUGAAGACCUGUGAGCUCCAACGUAAGCCACGGACAACGAGGGAUCAUCCACCUGUCCUCGACGAUGCUAUGUCCAGGAGCGCUACAGCGGAGUCUUCGACUUCGAUGAGAACACCACCGCUCAGUCCCCUGACUAAGACGGCUCCAGCUCAGUCCUCGAUCUCAACGAGAACGGUACACAGUGAACGGCCUCGAAGACGGUCCUAUGUGGCCAGAUGUGCCAGCUCAGACAGAUUUCUGCGCACUGUUCGGGAGAGCGCUGAGAAGAGGUUGCGGAGGCAGCUUGAAGAGAGGAGUCGCAUGAUGGAGGAUACACCGUGUCCUUGCGACACGGAUAAAGGAAGGGACUGGAUAGGGGAUGAACCGUUGUGAGUUGAAAGUUCGUUUCACAGAUCAUG